GCGGAGCAGUCAAGAUGGCGGCGGGAGCAGCGGCGACAGCUGUCGCUGCGCGGCGGUUGGGAGUGACCGCAGCGGGGCUGGGUGGCCGUUUGUGUUGUUGGGGAAGAAAAGAAGUUAACAGAGCAACUAAAGCAGCUGUACACCUUGCAGUACAACGGAAGCCGUUCCUUCCCUCUACAGCACUACAGAUGGCGGUAAGAUCUAUGUUUAUUCAGACACAGGAUACUCCAAACCCAAACAGCCUGAAAUUUGUUCCAGGCAAGCCAGUCCUGGAGGCUAGAACGAUGGAAUUCACCUCUCCAGCUUCCACAUAUUGUUCUCCCUUAGCAAGACAGCUUUUCAGGAUUGAAGGAGUUAAAAGUGUGUUCUUUGGAACAGACUUCAUCACAGUCACAAAGGAAAGUGAAGAUACUGACUGGAACUUAAUUAAACCAGAUAUUUAUGCAACCAUAAUGGAUUUCUAUGCUUCUGGAUUACCUGUUAUUACUGAAGAGGCACCUCGUACAGACACAGCUUCCUCUGAAGAAGAUGAUGAAGUUGUAUUAAUGAUAAAAGAACUGCUGGAAACUCGAAUUCGGCCAACUGUCCAGGAAGAUGGUGGUGAUGUCAUAUUUAAGGGAUUUGAAGAUGGAAUUGUACAGUUAAAACUGCAGGGUGCAUGCACUAGCUGUCCCAGUUCCAUCAUUACACUGAAGAAUGGAAUUCAAAAUAUGUUGCAGUUCUAUAUUCCAGAAGUAGAAGGUGUGGAACAGGUUAUCGAUGAUGAUAAAGAAGAAGCAAACUCUGCCUGAAUCAGUGAAAACUCUGGACUUUAAAAAAUUAUUUUCCAGGCAGCUUUGCCCAAGAUAGCCUGUGGAAAGAAGCCAACUUUCAUCAUCACCAUUUUCCAGACACUUACUUCUUAAGUGGACUGUUUUUUAUUAAUGAUUCCAAAGACACAAAGUGAACAGUGUUCUUGAAAAUGUGGUUAUCUUUUGUUCAGGUUUUUUUAAUGAACACAAUGGAAAAAAUGGAGAAUUUUGGUUCAAAUGUGACACAUUAUGAAAUGUUCCAUUUCUUGAAAUUAAAUAACUUCUGUGGUGACUUGCAGCUGUUUUAUAAAGCUAAUGAUGCCAUGAUAAAUAUAAAGGGAGAUUGAGGAGGAAGGAAGAGAAUCCAUCUUGAUUGCAUAUUCAGUUACUAAUUUGGAUUAGAAUUUGUACUUCACCUGAAGAGCCUAAAUGUGAAGAAAAUUGUUUUACUAUAUUUAACUACCAUGCUAGUGUGUACAGCAAGGUAAUUAAAGAGUACUAUGGUCUACUUAAUUUAUGUUAAGUGAUUUUAAGAAUGUGCCUCUGGAAGAAUAUGUGCACUUUACAGGAGCUGGAACUCUAGGAAAAGUGAAAACAGGCUUCUUCAGUGAAGGAAAAUGUGAAAUUGCAAGUAGCCAGGUCCGAAACAUUGAGUGAUCACAUUAUGGGAAGUUUACAAUCAGCCCAUUCAGUGACUUAAUUCAUUUGAGAAUGUGGCCAUACCAUCAAAUCUGUGCAUUGUUCAUAAUAUUUAAAACAGCAGCUGUUAGAAUUCCCACUGGGAAUAAAAAUGCAACAUAGUUAAAUUGAGAUUCUUAUUUUGAACUAUUGUGUUACCUUUCCGUGAAGAAAAUGUAAGUGUAUAAUGUAUUCUCAGUGAAAAUGCUUUUGAGUGCAGUCUUCAAAGGACACAAAUGGCAGCCUUUUCCCCCCUAAAGUGAAGCAAUGCUGGUUUAGUUGUGGGUUAUAUCUCUUACUAACUACUGUUCUGUGGCAAGACAAAUUAAAUAAAAAUAUUAUUGGUUCUUUCUUUGUA